GCAACACAAACGUCCAUCAUCAGGCUAUUGUCAUAAUGAGGUUUGGAAGAUUCCUCACCAUGGGCUGCAGUGGCCGUCUCUCCCUCCUGCUCCUGGCGGUCGCCCUGUGUUCUACUUUGAACGUCAGAGCAAAGGAGACGUCGGCCCUUGUGCUGGUUGAGGAAAACGUUGAGGAUGGUCCAGAAGCGAACGAUGCAACGGUCACCACGAAGAUGGAGCAGCAGGAGGAGGAGUAUAACCCAGAGGUGUUUCACCCCACAAGUGAAUGGCAGUCACUGAAGCCAGGCCAAGCGGUACCAGCUGGCUUGCACAUCAGGCUCAACCUUCAGACAGGCGAGAGGGAGGCGAAGUUGCUGGACGAAGCGGACGGACGCAAUCAUGGAGAGAAUAAGGAUGACCGCAAGCAGAGAGACAAGAAAGGCAGCCUGGAUGUGGAGGCCGGCUCCUACACGGCCGCGGAGCUCAAGCAGGCGCUCAAAAAGUUCAAGUACUCGGACCCCGAUGCCGCGGCUGCCAAGGCACACGCGGACGAGGUCAAGAAAAAUUUCCGUUCAAUGGACGAGAUCAAGAAAGACUUCAAUGAGAUGCACGUGAAGGCCGAGUCGGACUCGCAGAUCAUGCGCAAACUGCUGGCCACGUUCUCGCAGCCCGACGUCCCGGUGACAGAGCGCAGUGCCGCCCUGUUCGACCUGGAGUACUACGUGCACCAGGUGGACAAUGCCCGGGAUCUGGCGACGCUGGGAGGCCUCCAGAAACUUGUCAACGCCCUCAACUCCUCCGAGCCUGAGAUUCGGAAAAACGCAGCUUUUGUGCUGGGAUCGGCCAUGUCCGGGAAUCCUCCGGUGCAGGUUCAGGCAGUGGAUGGGGGCAUCCUGCAGAAGCUCGUCACGGCCCUCGCCACGGAGCAGCAGCUGCCUGUCACCAAGAAGGCGCUGUACGCCCUGGCGGCGGCGCUGCGCCACUUCCCGUUUGCGCAGCAACGCUUCCUGUCGCUGGGCGGCCUCUCCGCGCUCGGCCGGAUCUUCGACGGCGAAGGCACGCGCUCGCUGAGGUUCAAGGUGCUGACGCUGAUCGGGGAUAUGCUCAACGAGAAGAGCCAGCUGGAGUCGACCUCCGGCGACGAGACUGAGCAGGAGCAGCUGUGGCGCGCCGAGCGCCUGGAGCAGUACCGCCGCAUGGCGCUGGCGCCGGCGCUCGCCUCGCUCGGCUGGUGCGACAUGGCGGCGCCCCUCCUGUCCGACGGCGACGCCAGCCCCGACCACGACUCGCGCGAGAAGGCCCUGGCGGCCGUGCUGGCGCUGAUGCCCGCGUGUCGCGACGCGUUCCUGGAGCCGGAGCGGAGCCACGCGCUGGCGCGGAGGCUGGCGCUGCUCCGCGACGAGUACCGCCGUCUGGCGUGGCAGGAGGCGGCCGAGGGAGAUGCGGACGGGUACUUCGCCGGCAUGCUGAACGACGUGGAGAAGCUGGCGGCCGAAUUUGACCCCGCGACGAUAGCCUCGAGCGAUUGACCCCCGACUCCCCCGUCGCUGGGAUUGCAUCUUAAUUUAUGAUUGUCGUAAUUUUUGUGACGCCCCCCCCCCCCCGCGCUUUUCAUCGUCGUGUGCGGUGAGCUCGAGUGGUUUGCCCGUUAAUGCCGUUUGUGAUGGCGACAUGAGGCCGUGUUUUCCGCUUUCACUAAUUUCAUGCCCUUUGUUUUGGAUGAUGGUCAAAUGACAGCCGCCAUUAUCUUUUCAAGGAAGAAGUGAAUGAUUAAUUUUGAGUGGGGACUUUUGUAGAAUUCCGAUGGCAGCGUGCGCUGUCACAGCAAACGCUGAACGAGCACCGUGCAAACAAUCAGAAAACGAGGCCCUGUAUGCAAUGACGCCAAGAAAUAUUUGAAGCGCCUUCAAAUAGUAUUUAUUUCCAUGGCCUAACAGGUGUCUUCAUACACAGGAAACAUCGCAGCGACGAUGCACUCCGCUGCUCCUGACGCUGUUGUCUGGCUUGACCGACCUGAGCAUGAAUUUGUAGUCGUGGCUCUGCAUCUACAUCGGCCAUGCGAAAGAAGAAGAGUGUAUUUAAAUACUUUGUCUUCCUGAUGUACCAGAUCGUUUCAUUAUUAUACAAACCCCCUGAAAGGCACCGUUUUCCAUAUUUGAAUAGUCAGUAUCUCCUUAGAUAUAUGGCAGAAUCUCUUUUUGUUGUCCUUCCCCGGCACCUCUAAUUAGCACGGUUGGCUACGUACGGUGCGAAAGAUAUUCAACAUACAGUCCAGGCUGGGCCUUGGUUAAACCCAGGGAAUGUAAUUGACCAGCCCGGUUUCUCCAACUUGAACUGAAAACCCGAUGUUAUCCUUCACGAGUGGAAGAGUUUUUAUUUUUUCAAAGUGACCUCUUGAAUGAAGAGGGCCAUGGUGUGGCCGUGGGCACAUUCCAAGCAAUGUGCAGUGCCGGCUUGUUUACAAACUUGAUAACAGCAACAGGCAAGACUCUAAGUGACCGAUCCAUGAUUGUUAUGUGGGGUCUCUAUGGUGAUGCAUUUGAUUGUUUACUCAUCUCGAGCAUAUCUUAGUCUGUGCUCUGUGUAAGUUGAACUUCUUUCGCGCACCGUACGUAGACCAACCAACCAACCGUGCUAAUCGGUUUGCAGGGUGAAAAGUGUGGGGGGGGGGGGGGGUGGUGGCCAUGUCCAUUGUCCAGUCCUGGCCACCUCAGUGCCCAGAACUCAAUAAAUUACAUGAAAAUAAGCAAAAACACCUGAAAGUUAACGCAUUUAACAUUCAUACUCUUUGGUUCUUUCGGUAAAGUCACAUAGGUAUAAAAUAAAUGUAUUAAAUAAUUUAACAUUGCCAUGAAUGGACACAUUGUCCAAUUGUUUUGAAUGAAUUGCACGAAUCUCUCAGGCCUACAUGACACUUUAACUUUAAGUGAUUCACAUUUUUUUUAUUUUAAGGUUUGCUUUUAAAAUGAUUAUUGAUGGCACUUGAACAUAAACAUGCCACACUUAAUUGGACGCCACUAGAUUAUGUUGUAAUGAAUUUAAUUGCUAUUUUAAAGUGUGUGUGCCUCCUUUUGUAAUACAAGAUAAGGUGUGGUGGGGGAUGCUUGUAAUUGAUUUUGUGGGAAAAAGGUUGAUGAAUCGUGCAGAUUUGUGGGACUUCCAAACCCACUGGGGCUGCAAGGUGGCUCGGAGGGAGGGGGGUAAAUCGAUGGGGGGUUAAGCCCGUCGUGAGCCUUGCAGUGUUCCACGAAUGCUUGCGCUUUUCCCAGGUGCUUCAGUUUCAUCAUGCACACGAAGCACUCCUCAGUAGAAAUGGACAAACGUCCAAACGUAGGACACGCCGGAGUCUUGAGACACUCCAACCUUCCUAGGAUGGAUAAACACAUUUUUUUGAAGCAGUUCAUCUACAUUUUUUAAUCUUCCCUUGCCAAGAUGUGUGCACCUUACUCCCCCGGGACCAUGACGAGGCCUCGUGGGUAAGGAAGGAUCCCGAGGGCGAUGCUGUGCCACAUUGCAUGAUUUUGUCCAUUCGGUCAUCUACACAAAUUGUAGAAAUGGAUUUUGACCAUUUCGAAAAUUGCUCAUUUUGAAGUCAAUAUUGGCCCCAUUGUCUAAUAUCCCACACCAAACGUCUUGGUCACAACCGUGUUGCUGUAUAUAUUGUGUAAGGACAGAUAUUACGUUUUGUGCGUUUUGCGUGUGCUCCAACUAUCAGAACAUGGAAUGUGUCGGAAGAUAUGUAUGUGGUAUGAUUUAUUCUACUUUGGUUUCUGUAAACUCGCUCUUUCCUGGUUAGUAAAUUAAUUUGCAACGCUGAUUUCUCAUACGUGUUUAUUGUGGUAUUUGCGAUCGUUGAGAUCUGCAAAUGAUGAGAAAACCCCCAUCGCAACAAAUGUUUUUGCUGGCUGGAAAACGAAUCGUUUCGACAACACCCUGAUGAGUGCGAAUCUGGACCAAACCGGCCUACAGUCAGCUCUGUUCGAUGGGCUGGUCAUGUUUGCGCACUUUAUUAAUGGUAACAUCGGGAUAAGAUGCCCACAAAGCAUUUCUGCAGAAACUGGUGGUUUUGCAAGAUGCUUAAGACGGAUAUCUGUACACUCAGUACACGUAUUUCGCGUGUUGUUGAACCUCAGCCUAUGCAAUGCCACUUUUACCUCUGCAGUUGCAAGUAAGAAUUGGUUUAGUGACUGCAAGAUAAUUGUCGUUUGAAUAUUCAGUGAGGCACAACUGAAAGUGUGAAUAUCUGUAAAUAAACUGCAGUUUCAUUAAGCUUUGCAGGAAUGUUGACUUCGUAAGGAUAUAAUGAAGCAAUGAGCAAACCUGGAAAAUAUGGUUUGUUUGUAAAAGUAAUUUUUUUUUACCAGACUCCAUUGUCUGUGCUGUGUUGGCACAACUCAAAACACAACGUUAAUAAUCAUUUACAUCGGACAAAACUGGAGCCAACAGUGCUGUGCUUCAAGGCAAUAUUAAUUAUUAAUAGAGUACUGAGGGUCGUUUUUGCUUUUAAGUGAACACGUGUAUGUACCGUAUGUUGAACUUCUGUCGCAGCGAACGGAGCCAAUCCCUGCAAGUGGGAGGUCUGUGCCUGGAGCUUCUGUGAAUAAAUUAUGCAAAUACAAAA